GACCUGGGGGCUACCUCGCCUCCAAUCCGCAGGCUGGCCAUGGCCAUGGAGAAGCGGGGGAGGUGCGGGAAACCCCCCGCCCGGCCACCGCAGACACCCCUCCCCGACCUCAGCCAGACCCCCAGCCCCGCCAGCGACUCGCCGGCCGCGGACCGUGACCGUGACCUUGGGGGGCCGGGCAGCGGGAGACCCCAGGAGCUGAUGGCAGCCACGGUGGGCAACUUGAGCUGGCUACACCACUGCUUGCAGCAGCCCGGUUGGGAGCCCCAGGCCGACAGGAAGGGCUUCACAGCCAUCCACCUGGCCGCCCAGCAGGGCAACCUGGACUGUCUGCGGGUGCUGGUGGAGGAGUACCACUUCUCCGUGGCACUGGGCACCUCCAAGGGCUGGACCGCACUGCACCUCACCAUCAGUCAGGACAAUGCGGCCCGGGCCCUGGACUGCAUCAACUAUCUGCUUGCCCAGGGGGCCAACAUAAAUGCUCAGACCCGGGAUGGGACCUCACCCCUGCACAAGGCGGCCCGGGAGGGGAUGCUGGCCUGCGUGGUGGCCCUGGUCAAGGCCGGGGCGGAUGUCCACUCCCGCAACAAGCGGGGCCAGGAGCCAUACGACCUGUGCAAGAUGUGGAAACGCCGGGCCUGCGCCCGGUUCCUGAAGGACGCCAUGUGGAAGAGGGACAAGAAGGAUUUUGCCCAGGAGAUGAACGACCUGGGGCAGCUGAAGCAGCAGCUGCGAGUCCGAGAGCAGCGCUACCUCCAGCAGAAGAUGAAGGAGAAAGAGGCCCAGAACAACGUGGGCUUCUCCAACUGGCUCCGUCAGAAGCAGCUGCAGAUGGGGGCACCGGCCCGACAGCCUUCCUACACCAUGUCCCGGCCCGUCUGGAAUCCCUCCCUGAUCCCCUACUUAACCAGAGCUUUCCUGAGCGCCCUGGCAAGCCUCUUGGCCCCUCCAGCUCCCAGCCCGGCCCCGGAGACCGAGCGUCAGGCUUGGAACCCGAGCACGCGCUUGGCCAGCUCCCCGGUCACCCAGCUGUCCGGCCCGCAGUGCAUCCGGCUGGGGAUCCACCCCGAGCCCAGCCAAUGCCACGAUUUCAGUGGCUUCGUGGAGCUGGGCCGAGGCCCGAAGGGCGAGGUGCGACUCCGGCUGGCCGACGGAGGGGUGGUCGGCUCCGUGCCUCACCUGUCCCGGGAGGUCAUCGCCCGCUGCUUCUUCCCCCGGCUCCGCCCCGUCCGCUUGAGGGAGUUCGGUCCAAUCGACAUCGCCCGCGUCCCGCGCCGGCGGCCCCGGUGCCCGGACUCCUGGUGGACAGACCUCCUGGCCAUCAGCCUGCGGGAGACACUGGACCCGGGGUUCCUCGCCACCCUGGAAGCACGCUGGGGGUGCCUGGGCUCAGACCCCCCAGGGCUGGACAAAGACCACUCUGUCCUGCAGACGGGGGCCCCCGGCUCCCCGCCUCACAUUUAAAGUGGUCUAACGCUCUCUCACUGCUCGGAUU